UGCAGUAGGGAGGGGUAUGGAGACAGGGUCGUACGCGGGGGGCGGUCUGGGCCCGCAGGGAGCGACGGACGGCCCGGGGCCCGAGCGCGCCCUCGCGGCCCUCCCCGCCGCGCGCCGUAGUCCAGUCCCAAGAUGGCGGCCACCAUGAAGAAGGCGGCUGCAGAAGAUGUCAACGUUACUUUUGAAGAUCAACAAAAGAUAAACAAAUUUGCACGGAACACGAGUAGAAUCACAGAGCUGAAGGAGGAAAUAGAAGUUAAAAAGAAACAACUCCAGAAUUUGGAAGAUGCUUGUGAGGACAUCAUGCUUGCAGAUGAUGAUUGUUUAAUGAUACCGUAUCAAAUUGGUGAUGUUUUCAUUAGCCAUUCUCAAGAAGAAACACAGGAAAUGUUAGAAGAAGCAAAGGAAGGAACUUCUGACGUUCCCUGCAUUUCACGUGGGCAGCGCUGCUCUGAGUCCCAGACGAGGCCCUUGUUAGCAUUCCCUCUCAGAGUAGUUCCAGGGACCUCCCGGUUGUGAAAAUUUCUCCCAGAUUCUGACUGUAAGUUGUUAUUCUUAAUUAUUGGUGGCCGUGUGAGUUUUUAUUGUUUCUUCUAGUUUUGUAGUUAUUUUUGUGGGAAGUUGGAAGAAGUUGUUAGAAGCCAGGCCUGUGAUAAAACUGUUUACCGGAGAGUUUGUAUAGAAGUUCUUUCUUUAUUAGGGUGUAAUGAUUUAGGAAUUAAUUUUCUCUUACCCAUUUUGUUUUAUAAAUCAGCAAAAACCGAUGGGCUUGAUUUAUUCUAUAAUAAGCAAGUAUAAAUCAUGAAUUAAAAAUGGCCAUGGUUUAGAUUUAAUGAUCGCUGUUAUUUAGCCGCCUGUCCCAAGUUUAGAAAGUUUGACCUAAAAUUCUUCCCAAAUAUUAUUUAAUCCCCAGAUGCUCAGAAACCAUGCACUGAAUAGAAUUAAUUUAAACAAUUUUUUUC